GAAGGGCUCAGAAGAGACUCUAAUCAAAUCGAGCGCCAAGAAUAGACGGACUCCUCUCGCAAGGGCCGAGGACCAGAGCGUGCGGCGCCAGGGGAGAUGGCCUCCGGCCCGGAGCAGAUCUGCUGAGCGAGCGUCUCCGCGAUGGGUCUCCAGCGGAGCAUGCCGUGUCCGAAGGGGCAGUUCUGGGACCGGCUCCUGGAGAAAUGCAUGUCCUGCGGCCUCGCCUGCCACCCGCCCAAGUUCAAAGGAUGCGCCGACUUCUGCAGGUCCAUGGACUGCAGCAAGCGGGUGGGCUUCUACUACGACAAGCUCCUUCGCGACUGCAUCGACUGCUCCGGCGUCUGCGGGCAGCACCCCAAGGAAUGCGACCCUUCCUGCCAGAGGGCCUGGCCCUCGCCCGGCACCUCCCGCGUGGCAGAGCAGGAUGCUCCUGCGCCCACCAUGCCGGGCCCGUCCGCCCUCCGGGGCCCCCCGUGCCAGGUGCUCCCCAUCUGUGACCCGGGGAUGUUCGUCUACAUUGGCCUCGGGCUCUGCCUUUGCACGCUGCUCUUUGUGCUCCUGAUGUGGGUCCACUUUAGGAAGCGAGGAGAGGAGGCCGCCGGUCACAAAGAGCGGGGACAUCCAAAAGACUGCCUAAUGGAAGAAGGAAGCUUGCGUGGUGGCUCCAGCGACAGCCAGACCCCGGAGCCCAUCGAGACCUGUGGCUUCUGCUUCCCCGAAGUGAGCCCGGCCAUUCAGGAGACCAAAGCCUGCUCCAAGGCUUGCCAAACGGGUGCUGCUGUUACGGGAGCCCUUCCGACCCCCGAAGACGGCCACUUCCCGAUCAUAUGCUGUCCUUCCCAAGAGAAGGUGCCGACGGCCUGAGCGGAGCUGCAGUGGGUGAGCAGACACGACAUGGAAGCAUCUCUGCCUCACAAAUCCCGACAAAGCUGCUUCAGUCUUUCCUGCUCCUUUCCACGUCCAACUCCUCUCCGCACCCAACUACACAUUGACACAACCCAGUAACAGGCCAAACAGUUCCUGUGCCACUUCAACCUACACAGAGUCACAGGGUGAAUGGAGAUCCCAGUGUCCAGAUUCUGCCCAUGGAAAGAGUUCCAGAAGUUCAGAAAGGAAUCUCUACUUGCCCUUCUCCUUGUCAUAACCAUUUCUUAUGCCGUGGCCCCGAGUUUGGUUCCAGGCCAAUAUAUGGACACCAAAGCACUCACAAUCCCAUUACAAUAGAGUCUUGCUUAUCCAACCUUCGCUUAUCCGGUAUUCCAUAUUAUCCAACCAGUCUUCCUCCCGCCCGGAUCCACCGCUCUUUCUCCAGGCACAGCGGGCCAACACACCCAACAACAACAACACAAGUGCAGCCAUGCUUCCAACUUCUUGUAAAACAUGUUUUUUGGUUGCAUAAUUUGUAAAAUCAUAAAGUAAUUUGACAUUUAAUAAGCUUUUCCUUAAUCUCUCAUUAUUAUCCAACAUUUUCGCUUAUCCAGCACUCUGCCAGCCUGUUUAUGUUGGGUUAUGUUGUAUAUGCAAUUCUCACAGCAACACCAGAGGCACUCCACAUGGUCAAAGGACAUUGAGUGUCAUGCCAAGUUUUGGACAUUUUUGUGUUUUGAAAUACAUUAUAACUGUAUCCUCAAUUUGAUUCUGGCACAAUAAAUAAAUACUCAACAUAUGGA